UUUUUUUUACUUAAUUAUAUUCCUAAUCCUGGAUGAAGUUGCUGGAUUCUGCAGCACAAGUCUUCAUGAACAAGCAGCACCGCUCAGAGAUUUCACGGCUUUCAAAGGUCACAGAACUGCCACUAUGGUUAAAUGUCUUGUUUAAUGGUUGAGAGGUGUGGCGAAAUCUUGUUUGAGAACCCCGAUCAGAAUGCCAAAUGUGUUUGCAUGCUGGGAGAUAUACGACUAAGGGGUCAGACGGGGGUUCCUGCUGAACGCCGUGGCUCCUACCCAUUCAUUGAUUUCCGCCUACUUAACAAUACAACAUACUCAGGGGAGAUUGGCACCAAGAAAAAGGUGAAAAGACUAUUAAGCUUUCAAAGAUACUUCCAUGCAUCAAGGCUGCUUCGUGGAAUUAUACCACAAGCCCCUCUCCACCUGCUGGAUGAAGACUACCUUGGACAAGCAAGGCAUAUGCUCUCCAAAGUGGGAAUGUGGGAUUUUGACAUUUUCUUGUUUGAUCGCUUGACAAAUGGGAACAGCCUGGUAACACUGCUGUGCCACCUCUUCAAUUCCCAUGGACUUAUUCACCAUUUCAAGUUAGAUAUGGUGACCUUACACCGAUUUUUAGUCAUGGUUCAAGAAGAUUACCACAGCCAAAACCCGUACCACAAUGCUGUUCACGCAGCUGAUGUCACCCAGGCCAUGCACUGCUACCUGAAAGAGCCAAAGCUCGCCAGCUUCCUCACACCUCUGGACAUCAUGCUUGGACUGCUGGCUGCAGCAGCACACGAUGUGGACCACCCAGGGGUGAACCAGCCAUUUUUGAUAAAAACUAACCACCAUCUUGCCAACCUAUAUCAGAAUAUGUCUGUCCUGGAGAAUCACCACUGGCGAUCUACAAUUGGCAUGCUUCGAGAAUCAAGGCUUCUUGCUCACUUGCCAAAGGAAAUGACACAGGAUAUUGAACAGCAGCUGGGCUCCUUGAUCUUGGCAACAGACAUCAACAGGCAGAAUGAAUUUUUGACCAGAUUGAAAGCUCACCUCCACAAUAAAGACUUAAGACUGGAGGACGCACACGACAGGCACUUUAUGCUUCAGAUCGCCUUGAAGUGUGCCGACAUUUGUAAUCCUUGUAGAAUCUGGGAGAUGAGCAAGCAGUGGAGUGAAAGGGUCUGUGAAGAAUUCUACAGGCAAGGUGAACUUGAACAGAAAUUUGAACUGGAAAUCAGUCCUCUUUGUAAUCAACAGAAAGAUUCCAUCCCUAGUAUACAAAUUGGUUUCAUGAGCUACAUCGUGGAGCCGCUCUUCCGGGAAUGGGCCCAUUUCACGGGAAACAGCGCACUGUCGGAGAACAUGCUGGGUCACCUCGCGCACAACAAGGCCCAGUGGAAGAGCCUGUUGCCCAAGCAGCACAGAAGCAGGGGCAGCAGUGGCAGCGGGCCCGAUGAGGACCACGCAGGCCAAGGGACUGAGAGCGAGGAGCAGACGGCGCGGGAAGGCGACAGCCCCUAGAGGCCAGCCCAGCUCAGAGGCAGAGAGGAUGCUUUCCUCCGGCAGGGACCCCAGAGGGCAGAAGCAGCGUGGAGGGGCUCUCACCCAGCAACCCAGCCAGUUUCUGGGUGUUGUCCUGGGGCUCUUUGGAACGCCACCUUCCUCCCACUUACCUGCCUCCCCUCCUUUUCGCAAAUGUACAGAAGCCAUUUGUCACCUCAGCAUUCGCUGCCGAAAUGAGCAACUACAUUCAGUAAUGUGGGAGCUGAUCCCACGGGCAGGCUCACCCUGCUCCAGGAGAAGACUAGGAGGAAGGAGGUGCUCCUGCCCUGUCCGCCAUGGCCCCGGGUCGCACUGGAACAGGCAGCAGUUCCUAAGUCUGGAGCGUUUGAGCGUUUGCCGUCUGACUGCUGAUCUGCGUGACAGAAACACCAGCAUAUUUGCAACGCCAAGGAUAUUGGUCUUAAGUGCAAGAGCACAAAUGAGAGUGUGAGAGAAAGUACCUUCUAUUUUAAUAAUAAUUAUUAUAAAAAUAAUAAAUCUUUUUAACUUUUAUAUUUUAUGCACUAGACAAUGGAUCUGCAACUUUGGACUAAGAUCAUUCAAUGUACCCAAACUUGAACAGGGGGUUCAUUGUUUUGCUAUUGACUUUAUUAUGCCACUUUGGGGCAGAGACUUGGCAUCUUCUCAGUUUAAGAAACCAUGUUUCCUAUCCAAUCCGAAGGGAAGGUGCUGUACAGUUCAUUCCUUUGCACCAUUAGCCAAUCUGUCUUUUAUGGAUUCCAUGACAUGUUUAUAUUCACCCAUGUACAUUUUCUGUAAAUACCAAACGCUACUGAUUCCCAUGCCAAAAUACAUGAGUAUUAUGGGAUUGCUACCUGUAUAAACAAUGGCACUGUGAACAGAAUACUGUUAGUUUUAAUACAAGAGAAUGCAUUUGUAAAUAUGGUAUAGAGUUUAUUAAUAUACUAUUGUUUGCAGAUAAAGGCCUUAACUUUAAACAUCUUUCAUCUUCUGAAAGCUGCCCAACUUAAAUCCUCAUAGAUGUCUUUCUCAACUGCCUUCCCAUGUCCAUCUGUAUGUUUUCCAGCUAAGGUCACAAACCAAAACUGAAUAAAGUCUUUGAGGAAACAUUUUGGAAACUUCACAUGCAUUCCGCUUGAGACCGUAGUGUUUAAUCUAUGGCACCAAGCAUCGUUUCCUCAGAUUAAUGAGACCCUUCAACAAGCCUGAAUCAGUCACUUUUCAACGCAGCGAUGUUUUAACAAGCCAGCUGCUAAGCUUGUGUUUAUGUGACUCUUGUUACAGAACAUGGUGGUGCGUCAGCGUCACAGGAGACAUAGCAGGUCUCGAAAACCUUCUAUGACCCUGUCAUUUAACCAUCAGGGAAUUCCCUGCUCCCAUGCCACACGUUUGUCUAUUAUGGCUACAGUACCAAAGUACUUUUGGUGUUUGGUUGGUGUGCAUUUCUGUAGUGUCAAUAGUAACUGGAUUUUUCUUUUUCCUUAAUCUCAUGUGAACAACUACCCAACUGUUUAGCUGAAGUUGGUAUUAUUUAAGUAAAGAAAAUAUUUCAGUUUUAUAACAGACUUUACCUUCCUGGCAGGUCAUUGUAGUUAAUUAUGUCUCUAGCUUGGAGUGUCACCUUGAAAUUUCAUUGCCAUUUUUUCUGCAGACACUUGGCCAUAAAAUCUGUUACAGCAUUCUUCUCUAGGCUGCUAAAUGCUGUGCAUUGAACCUUUUCUUUAGAAGUUUCACCAUAACUAAUAUUAGAUGAAAAUUGUUGAUGCCCCUUUCUUUUUAAACAGUGUAGUAGUGGGAGAUGACUCUUCCUGCCACUAUCAACCUGAUCCUCGUGCUGAUAGAAUGACAGCUACCACUCAUUUCCUAAGUGCAACUGUUGUGGAGAUUUUUCUCCUAACAUACAAAUGAAAUACCGAUUGGCCUGUAAUAAGUUCCUAUAGAGAGACUGAGGCUUGCAGAAUUAAGGUUCAGGGGAAACUUUGGAGAGUUGAUUAUAUUUUCAUUAAAGUAGGAGAGACUGUCAGAUGGUGCUAAAGAAAGUGUGACGAUCUUAUGAAAUAGGUGGAUGGUAAGUUGAAAUUAAUGAUGUGGGUAAGAAGGAAGGUUGUGGAAAGUUAACACUAGCUUUGUAUUUUUUUUUUUCUGUAAAACCAUGAACUGAUAUAUUUUUCUUUAUCACUUUAGUAUUCUGCAGUUCUCAGCUUGGUGAGGCCCCAAAAGUGAAUAUGUCAGAUGUAUUUCUGUUUCCAAACUUGUCUUACUUUGGUUUGAUGGUACAGAGAAGGCUUUUGAGUAGUCUAUUUUUAAUGUAUAUGAGGUCAAAUCAAGGAAGGCAAUUGCUGGGGACAAGAAAAGUAGAGGUAAGAAAGAAGACACUAUUUUAGCUAAUGGGGUUUCUGCCUUGGGACAAAAAAAUUGCUUUGUUUAAAUUAUAAUUAUAUAAUAAUUUAAAUAAAUGAGAUUGGAGGUGUUCUUAGUUCAGAGUUGAUAGGGCAAAAGUGUUUAUGUUACAAUUAGAUCUUGAAGAAGAGCUCACAGAGAAAAAAACUACCAAAUAUCCAACGGGUAAGCCCAUGAUGUAGCCACUAGUACAGUAAAAAUCUGAAGUAAAAUGAGGCAUAAACUGGAUGCAGCUGCCUCCUUCAUUCAACUGGAGAGUUCUUGAGUUCCUCAUUUGUUGGUAAAAAGAAAAAGACUGAAAAUGUCUCUUUUUUUUCUUGCCUAUUAGUGGCUCUCUUGCAAUAUUUCAAUAGGAGUCCAAUUACUAGUUCAAACACAGUGGCUGGGCACGGUGGCUCACGCCUGUAAUCCCAGCACUUUGGGAGACCAAGGUGGGCAAAUCAUAAGGUCAGGAGAUCGAGACCAUUCUGACCAACAUGGUGAAACCCUGUCUCUACUAAAAUACAAAAAUUAGCUGGGCAUGGCAGUGUGUGCCUGUAAUCCCAGCUACUCAGGAAGCUGGGGCAGGAGAAUCACUUGAACCUGGGAGGUGGAGGUUGUAGUGAUCCGAGAUCGCGCCACUGUACUUCAGCCUGGCAACAGAGCUAGACUCCGUCUCAAAGAAAAAACAAAAACAAAAAAACACAGCUAUUGGAUCAUCCACAGAUUUUUUCUUUACAAUCUUGUUCUCCUUGUCCAUGGACCAUCAACAGUUGACUCACCAAGUUUAAUUCUUCCAUUGCUUGAGAAGAAAGGAAUCAAAGGACUGUGUGUAGUAAGCUGGCAGUAAAGUUAAGAUCAAAUUAAGACACAGAGAGAGAAUAUGUAUCACUGCCAGGCCUGAUAGGCAAAACCUGCUCUUCCUUUUGAUAGCAGUGAUGAAUUGUCACAACCUUAUUUAUGAAACCCCGACCUACCCGUAACUCCCUGCUAGGCUAAGUAAAAACCAGGCUCUUUCUCCCUGCUUAUGGCUCCCCACAAAGGGGCUUGCAGCGUGUCCUGCAACUUUGUCUUCAGUUAGUGCUUCCUACAAAACUGGGACUUGUUUUGUAACCGUUUCUCAUGCUGAAUCAGAUCUGCUCACUGAUUUAGGUUUGGUUAUGAGCUUGUAUCUCACUGUAUUUCUCAUGCUUUGUUCUUUUAAACAGAUCCUUUAAAUUGUGUCAUUUUGUGUACACAUGUGAGGUUUGGAAAAGAAAAAAAAAAAAAAAAAAAACACCUUGUGAGUUUUGCUCAAAAUGUGGCCUAAGUAGCCAUUGGCAUGUCUAGAUGAACAAUUAAAAAUAAAGAUAAUUUCUUUAAAAUA